UUCCACCUUUAACAAUUUACAACAUACAGGUUACGGAACAAGGAGCUUCAAUUUGACAAUGUCUAUUUGUAGAGUUAUUGUCUUCCAAUUUCUCAUUACCUUUGGACAUUCCACUGAAGAAUGCCACUUUUAUGAGACCGAAAGGCCUCUGGUCAAUUCACUCCUCAGCACGUUGCUGCGGAGUGUGGAGGAUGACCACUCCACCAACCCUGAUCCUGCUGCUUUCCUCGCUCUGCGUCUGGCCAACCAACACAACUUUAAAGGGGAGAGGCGAUUUCGACAGCGCCUGGCUGAAGCUGCCGUCAGAGAAGUAAAGAAAGGUGAAGAUUUUUCCACUGGUCGUAUUGCACUCUACACAUUGGCUUUCAGGUCUGCCUGCCUUGACCCGGCCUAUAUAUCAGAUGGACACAGUCAAAUUAACCUGGUGGAACUUCUCAGUUUCAAGUUAAGGCAGGAGAUCCAAAGCCUAGUGUUGAAUCGACAGCCUCUUACAGACUACUACCAACUUACUUUAGCAAUUCUAGCACACUGCACAGAAAAACAACGUGUCCCUGCUAAUGUUGUGAAGGAGCUCAUUGGUAGAAUUAUGAAUUAUGAAGCUCCAUUUGGAAAGGUUUUUUCUGUUGACACAGCCUCCAUGUCUGUACUUGCUCUAAGUUGUUUACAUCGCUCCCCACACAAUGAGAUCUCAAGACAUGAAAUUGAGAAGCCCAUCAUGCAACUGCUGCUGGAAAUCCUUGCGAGAAAGCAAGAAGAUGGAAACAUUGGGACUAUCUACAGUACAGGCCUCGCGAUUCAGGCUUUGAUUGUAAACCAGCAAUUGAAAUUUCAGCAGUUCCAAUGUUCAAAUUAUUUGGAAAAACUGAUCAGUGAAAUUCCUAAAGGAACGUUUGACAGCGUGCAGAGGAUUUCCCAAGUCAUACCAGCUUUGGAAGGUCACACGUAUCUGGAUGUUCAAAGCCUUGAUUGUACAUCUGAUCAAGAUAAUCUACUUCAGGAAAACGAAAGCUAAAAUGGAUAUAGAGACCUGGAGAUGGUGAACUGGAUAAAGUUAUCAACACCUUUCCAGACUGUAUAAAGGCACUUCUUAAUCCAAAUAAAUGCUAUGCCUUCCUUGAAAAAAA